CGCACAGCUUGGCGCCGUCAUUACGUGUAAUUGGCCAUGGCCCUCGAGUCCAAGGCGACGAUGGACGACGACGUGGCGGCGACGCCCGCCGGCGGCCUCCAUGGCAGCACCAUCUCCACAUACGCGACGACGUUCCAGCCGCCUGAAUGGGCGGUGUACCCGACAGAGAAGACCAUCACCGCGCGCUUCGAGGUCCUGCGCAUGAACAAGAGCGUGGGCACACACGAGCUGGGCGGGCGCCAAGUCACGGUCUUUGGCCGCGAGCAGAACGGCUGCGACUUUGUCUUGGCCAACCCGUCCGUCUCGCGCAAGCACGCCACUGUGAUCCACUGCGCCAAAGGCGGCGUCUACAUCGUCGACCUCAUGUCCCGCCAUGGCACGUUUGUCGGCAAGACCAAGAUCCCGCCCCACGACCCUUACCUCCUCCACGAUGGCGACGUUGUGACCUUUGGCCAGAGCUGCCGGACAUACGUCUUGAAGGGCAUUGACCCCACAGGCUUGAGCCAAGCGGUGAAGAAGCCAUGGCGCCUCAAGUCGCUGCUCGUGCCCCGGUUUGGCACUGGCAGCAGCAGCAGCCACCCGCCGCCAGCGAAGAAGCCGACGCGCAAGUACAAUGACAUUUGCAUCAAGAUGGUCAACAAGAUCUGCAGCGGGUCCUUCUCCACCGAGCGCGGUGAAGAAUUCGCCAACGAAGUCUCCGAGCUCGAUGACGACCUCGUCGAUGACGUGGCAGGCCUCCUCGUCGAGAAGGUCACCCGCCAGUACGCAAACGCGACGCUCGUCAUCUUGGCGCUGCUCGAAGCGCACGUCGGGCUCCACGCGUUUGAAAAUAACUUGACGCCGAUCGUGCAAGUGUCCCAGAGCAACCUCGAUGCACGCAAGAUUCUGCAAGUGGUCGCGGAGGCGCGGAUAGAGUCGACGAGCCGCAUGGACACGCCCAACCCCAGCGACGACGACGACGAUGACGACGACUACCGCAAUGACGACUAUGCUCCCCCCGAUGUGAGCUACGCGCCGCCACCGAUCCCGUACGCGCCUCCAGCUUCCAUGUAUGCACCACCGGCCGCCCCCGUGUUUGCCCCACCGCCGGCCAUGGAGCGCGCCCCGACGUCGCCGCCCCGAGCGCAUGCGCCACUUCCCGGCACCUACAAUGACGACGAUGACGAAGAGGAGAAGGCGGAAGAGAUGACGUCACCGAUGCCCGACCAAUCUCGCCAACGCGUCUUGAGCAACGAAGGCAAGCGGCUCUUUGCCCAAGCCACGCACUCGCCACUCGCAGCGGCGUCCGGCUUUAGCUUUAUCACGCCCAGCAGUCCGUCGCCGGUCGCCGCAGUCUCGGCCUUUGGGUUCAUCACGGCCAGCGCGGCGCCCGACAACGACGACGAAGCCGAGUAUGACGACCACGAGCAUGAUUAUGAAGAUGACGAGAAAGACGAGGAAUACGAAGACGAGGAAGAUAGCUACGCGCCGGUCGAGAUCCCCGAGGGGUUUUUGAGCGAGCGUAGCACGAUGGACCCGCAAGACUUCUCCAACCUCUGGCAGUGCGCGACCGUCUCGGAGGAGUGGGACGAAGACCUCUCGCCCGAGUACGACGCCGACUUGCUCGAGCGCUGUCUCUGGGGUCUCCACGUGACAUUGCUCUCGACGAGCGUCGUCGGAGGCAGCCAAACGUUCCUGUACCAUGCUGAACAGAUGUCAAACGGGACCAUCUUCCUCGUCGAGGUUGUCGCCAACGAGACGCUCGGCGAGCUCUCGGCGACGUUCAAGUGGAUCGAACUCGGCUUACUCUACGACGACGGGCACUUGGUAUUCAUCCAGCUCUUUAAAGAGUGUCUUGAGCCGUGCUAUAUGCCCAACCACCCGCGGACACCGUACUUGCGGGUGCUCGAGCGACCGCCAGUGCCGGCACCGUCGCCCGUCGCAUCGGUGCACGAGACGACGACGACAACCGCGCACAUCUCUGCACCGACCGACGUCUACGCUAACAACGACGACGAAGUCGAAGAUGACGGCGACGAUAUGAUGGAGGAAGAGCUGCUCAUUGAAGACACGGCGUCGUUCGAGGCCGCGCUCUCGACGAUCCCGGAGCUCGACCCGUCGACCUUUGAGGCCUUGUGGCGCGACGCCCUCGACUUGGACACAAUUGCCGACACGGUGGACCGGGAUUUGCCGCCGGCCGCCGAGGUCAUUGCGCAGUUUCAUGCGCGGCGCGUGUUUUGCAUUGCGUUUGGGGCGGUGCCCAACGUCGGCGACAAGUUCUUCUUCUAUGCCCAAACGGCGGCGUCGCAGUGCUUGUACUUUAUGGAGCUCACGCUGGAGCGCGACUCGACAAACGUGACGGCCGUCUGCAAGUACGCGCCGACGACGACGCACCCGGUGCAGGAAGACAUUGCGAUUUGGUUCAUCGGCCUCGUCGAAGAGAUCCUCGUCGAGCUCGAGUAAAGUGUAGAUAGUAGUUCAAGCGUAAACACGGUCGGUAUACAUGGGCAUCGGAUA